UCGUAAACCGAGCGGCCUCUUUCUGUGGCUGCGGGUGCUGGGGCGAGGAAUGUGGUGGUGGUGGUGGUGGUGGAAGAACCGAGAACGUUGGACUGCAGACCCAGCGAGCGGUAAACCGUGUGCUGCCCUGGGCGGCUGUUGACAGCUUCGGACAUUAAAGAAUAAUUGGAGAAGUGGGAACCUCCAGUUUGUAGUUAUGUCUGGGAUUGGGAACAAACGAGUGGCUGCAGAGACAAGCCCAUCAGCUCCUCCAGAGAAGAAGGCAGGAGUUGAGGACUCUGAGACCACUGUGGAGACUAUUAAGCUUGGUGGCAUUUCCUCAACGGAAGAACUGGACAUUCGCACACUUCAGACUAAGAACCGAAAACUGGCAGAGAUGCUGGACCAACGGCAAGCUAUUGAAGAUGAGCUGCGAGAGCAUAUAGAGAAACUGGAAAAGCGUCAAGCCACAGAUGAUGCUUCACUACUGAUUGUCAACCGCUACUGGAGUCAGUUUGAUGAGAACAUUCGCAUCAUUUUGAAACGCUAUGACUUGGAUCAAGGCCUUGGGGACCUUCUGUCAGAGCGAAAAGCGUUGGUGGUACCAGAACCAGAACCCGAUUCAGACAGCAACCAAGAGCGUAAAGAUGAGAGGGAUCGAGGAGAAAUAUUUGAACCUGCAUUCUCCUUUCUGGCUACACUGGCUAGUAGCACUAGUGAAGAAAUGGAAUCCCAACUACAGGAACGUUUUGAGUCUUCCCGCCGUGCAGUCACACAGAUUGUGACAAUGUGUGAUAAACUUCAGGAGAGCGUGGAUGUGCUGUCUCAGAAACUGAACAGUGGAGAUGUAUCCCUAAUGGAAGAAGCUGUUCAAGAGCUGAAUUCCUUUCUAGCAAAUGAGAACAGAAGGCUGCAGGAAUUGGCUGAUUUGCUUCAGGAGAAACAUCGCUCUAUGUCUCAGGAGUUUUCCAAAUUACAAGGGAAAGUAGAGACAGCAGAGUCUCGUGUAUCUGUGCUAGAAACUACAAUUGAAGACUUGCAGUGGGAUACGGACAAAAUCCGCAAACGAGAACAGCGGUUGAACAGGCACCUGGCAGAUGUUCUAGAAAGAGUAAACUCAAAAGGAUACAAGGUAUAUGGAGCAGGUAGCAGUCUCUAUGGAGGUACAAUCACAAUCAACUCUCGAAAGUUUGAGGAGAUGAAUGCAGAACUUGAGGAAAACAAGGAACUGGCCCAAAACCGUUUGAGUGAAUUAGAAAAAUUGCGUCAGGAUCUUGAGGAGGUGAUAACUCAGAAUGACAAGCUAAAGGUGGAUCUAAGGCAGGCAGUAGAAGAGGUAGUGAAGGAAACUCCAGAAUACCGUUGCAUGCAGUCCCAGUUCUCUGUAUUAUAUAAUGAGAGUCUCCAGUUAAAAUCACAGCUGGAUGAAGCCCGCACUCUGCUACAUGGUACCCGAAAUACUCACCAGCGCCAGGUGGAACUGAUUGAGCGGGAUGAAGUCAGCUUACACAAGAAAUUACGAACAGAGGUUAUUCAGCUGGAAGACACUCUUGCCCAGGUUCGCAAGGAAUAUGAGAUGUUGCGGAUUGAAUUUGAACAGACUCUUGCAGCUAACGAACAAGCAGGCCCCAUCAAUCGAGAGAUGCGCCACCUCAUCAGCAGUCUCCAAAAUCAUAAUCACCAGUUAAAAGGGGAGGUGUUGAGAUAUAAGCGGAAGCUGAGGGAGGCUCAGUCUGACUUGAGCAAGACUCGUUCUCGUAGUGGCAGUGCUGUCCUGCACUCUCAAUCCAGCACUGAAGAUGCCAAGGAGGAACCAUCAGAGAUCAAACAGGAAGCUGAGGAUCCUUCUCAUGCUGCAACCUCCAAGGGACCCUCUGAGGAUGCUUUGGAAACUAAAGCAAAACGAGAUGAAGAAGAACGGGAGAGGGAAAGACGAGAAAAGGAGCGGGAACGAGAAAAAGAAAAAGAGAAAGAAAAAGAAAGAGAAAGGGAAAAGGAGAAAGAAAGGGAAAGGGAGAAGCAGAAGCAAAAGGAAUCCGAGAAGGAGAGAGAAUCUACCAAAGAAAAGGACAAGGGAAAACAUGAUGAUGGAAGGAAGAGAGAAGCUGAGCUGGUCAAGCAAUUGAAAGCAGAUCUCAAGAAGGCACAAGAAAGCCAGAAAGAAAUGAAGUUGUUGUUAGAUAUGUACCGCUCUGCUCCCAAAGAGCAGAGAGACAAAGUUCAACUGAUGGCUGCUGAAAAAAAGGCUAAAGCUGAGUUGGAAGAGCUAAGACAAAGACUGAAGGAAUUGGAGGAUAAGGAGAAGAAAGAGAGCAAAAAGAUGGCUGAUGAGGACGCUCUUCGAAAAAUCCGGGCUGUGGAAGAACAGAUAGAAUACUUGCAGAAGAAACUAGCCAUGGCAAAACAGGAGGAAGAAGCCCUGUUAUCCGAAAUGGAUGUGACAGGCCAGGCCUUUGAAGACAUGCAAGAGCAAAACAUCCGCCUGAUGCAGCAGCUGAGGGAAAAAGACGACGCCAACUUCAAGCUCAUGUCAGAACGCAUCAAAUCCAACCAGAUCCAUAAGCUAUUAAAAGAGGAAAAGGAGGAACUCGCAGACCAGGUUCUUACCCUGAAGACCCAGGUGGAUGCCCAGCUGCAAGUUGUGCGCAAGCUGGAGGAAAAAGAGCAUCUGCUACAAAGCAACAUUGGCACUGGAGAAAAGGAGCUGGGCCUGCGAACCCAGGCCCUGGAGAUGAACAAGCGGAAAGCUAUGGAUGCUGCUCAGCUAGCUGAGGACCUUCGGGCCCAAUUGGAACUGGCGCAGAAAAAAUUGCAUGACUUCCAGGAUGAGAUUGUGGAAAAUAGUGUAACAAAGGAAAAAGACGUGUUCAACUUCAAACGAGCCCAGGAGGAUAUUUCACGGCUACGAAGAAAACUGGAGACAACUAAGAAACCGGACAUGAUUCCCAACUGUGAUGAGAUCCUCAUGGAAGAGAUCAAAGACUAUAAGGCUCGCCUGACGUGCCCCUGCUGCAACAUGCGGAAGAAGGAUGCUGUGCUCACUAAAUGCUUUCAUGUCUUCUGUUUUGAAUGUGUGAAGACUCGCUAUGACACUCGACAGCGCAAAUGUCCCAAGUGCAAUGCUGCAUUUGGAGCCAAUGACUUCCAUCGGAUCUACAUUGGUUGAUAUGGCCAGAUAUGUAUGGCCAGAAGAACUCCGCUGUCCACUCCCAUACCUGCCAUUCUUCAGCAGGCUGGAUACUGCUCAUUGCCAGCUAGGUUUCCCCCUAUUUUGACUUCUUUGUAAAGGAAUAUGUUGGUUUAUU